GGUAGAUAAAUGACUAUUUUGGAUUCUUCUAAUUUGUGUGGUCUACAUGUUCCUUCCAGCAUCGAGCUACACUUAACAUCUAGUAAAAACCUAAGAUCAUUCAUCAGCGGCUCACCAGACACAAACUUCUUCACAAUAUGGGCAACUGGAAACGGCCAGAAGAAGUUCCAUUUCCAUCUAUCUGGAGAACUUUUGAAAGAAGGGACGCUGAUGGAGUUGCCCGAAAAUAUUGGGUUCAGGAUCUGACGCCUGAAUAUGAAGAUAUAUUUAUAGAUAACAUGAAAAAGAUUUUUUUAAAAGACGAACCUGUAUGCAAAUAUUCAAAUUUUGCGGAAGAUCCACAGGCGGUACAAGACUUUACAGAUUUAUGGAGAUAUGGCUUUAGUCACAAAUUAGGUAUUAUUUGCCUAACAGAAGAUGAAAACGGCAAAAUAGAAUUUGUAGGGGGUAAUAUGACUGCCUUAAGUGAAAAAGGUACAAAAGGUGGUAUAGAGGACAAAUGUAAAACAUAUCAAAAAGUGUUAUCAGUAUUUAUAUACGUAACGAAAAAGAGGGAUAUAUUCAAUGAAUUAAAUAUUAACGAAUAUCUAACUGCUUUUGGUCUAUUCGUUCUGCCAAAAUUUAGAGGGCAAGGAAUAGCUACAGAAAUUUUGAAAGCGAGGCGUGAGUUAUGUUUAGCAGUUGGAAUCAAAGCUUCAGCCACGAUAUUUACAUCUAUUAUAUCCCAAAAGAAUGCUAGGCAGGCAGGGUUUAAAGAUUUUGUUGAAAUUGAUUAUGAUGAUCUGGAGAAGAUAAACCCCAUGUGGAAUUUUCCAGGAAUUACUUCCUUUACCAAAUCUAUAAAAUAUAUGUACAUACAAUAUUCCUGAAAUGUUAUUGAUGUUUAAAAUACCUUUCUAUUUAUAUGUUGACUAAUGUCAUGAAAUACCUCUUAAAUGG